CAGGCGCCAAUCCCCCACCAAAACCUUCCUUCCCAUCCCCACCUCCUCCGCGCAGUGCCGCGCGCGCGAUCCCUCCCGCCGGCGAGAGCUCCGGCACCGGAGAUCCGCUCCGUCAGCCUCUCCUCCAGUCGCCUUCGCCUUCGCGCCCCCCGAGCCAUCUCCAGGUCCCCGCGAAGGAGUCCCAGACCUCAAGCCGCAGCGCCGCCACCGCCGGCGUCGUCUCGUCGUCCCUUCCAUCACAGAUGCAUCAGGAGAUAUGCUUCCAGGACCGCCACCACCUCUUCUUAUGGGAUAUCCCGCUGUGCCGAGCGCGUCACCCUCAGCUACACCGUCAUCGUCCAUAGGUGCCAGCAUCGCCAUUAUCGUAAUCGUCAUCAUUGCAUCGACCUUGCUGAUCUGUUUCAUUAAGGUCCUUUGCCGUAUCCCCCAUCGCCCUCGCCCGUCGUGGUCAUCAUUCUCUCGCCACAACAGCAUCUCUCGGAGGGCCUCAUCGUCAGGAGAGUCUGACAGGAAGCGUGCGGUGGCAUCAGCUGUUCACCCUUCCCCGAGGGCCAGUGCUUCACCUAAAAAGCAUGCAGAAGGUUUGCUGUUUGGGUUGGAGGUCUCUGUGCCAUCAGCGCCCUCUCUACCAGAGGUGGAGCUGGUGAUCUUGGGGUUGCUCUCGCAACCUCCCGUGCUGUUGCGGAAGGGGAUGUUUUGCUGCAUCUGCGCCCAAGAGUUUGUGCCUACCGAUAGGAUCCUGGCCCUUUCGGCGUGCUUGCAUAAAUUCCACGAGCUGUGCAUUAUCCCAUGGAUUCGUUGCCACACACCUUACUGCUGUCCGUUCUGUGAUGCUUCCAUCACUAUCCCCCGCGCUGACCCUGACAAAACCUACAGCUCAGAUCAGUAUGAUGUCGAGGCACAUACAAUGGUUGUGCCAGCUCCGCCUGGAGAGAAGGUGGCAGAGGCUGUGGGGGGCUCUCGCGGAUGGCUGCGAUCUUCACUGGACAGACUCUCAGGCAGCUGGAGGGGAUGCUCCAGCAGUCAUGCCACUGCCGUUGUAGUGCCGGUGUCCUCACGGUGUACCACUGGAAGCUGGAGAGUCGACACCUCUGACAAGGAGAACGUAGAGGCUGUUGAAGGCUCUCAUGGGUGGCUGCACUCUUAUCUGGCUACACUCUCGAGCGCCUGGAGUGGACGCUCAGACAGCUGUUCCACUACGAUGGUGUCAGCAGUGUCCUCAGGGUGCACAACUGGAAGCUCAAGCCUGGUACCGAGUGGCUGCGGCAGUACUGAUUUGGGUUCCAGGAGCUGGGAUCCUGAGGCAGCCAUGCAGAAGACGAGCUGGGAUCCUGAGGCAGCCAUGCAGAAGACGUAGUUCUUCGAAUUCUAUCAUGCCAGAAACCAGGAUGAGAUAUUGUCAUACCCUUGCAAAUACUAGAAAAGAAGAGAAGAGAUACAAGAAAAGUCUGUGUAGGAUACACAAUGACAAAAUAUAUCAUAAAAGAAUGGUAUCAUAUCUUCGCAACAGAAAAUAGAGAUAUCUGACAGAGGGCUCUGUCAAACUGUAUGUCGUCCACGAAGAAUCAAAGGUAUAGGUGUGGUUGUACCUGUUCUCCUCUGCAUCUAUGUGGAUUUGAUUGUUUUUCGUACCCACUGCUCGAUGAUUUUUGCGUCAUUGUGAUGUUGCAACGAGAACACACUAAAUUUGGUCUUCUUCUUUUUUGUGAAUGCUUCUGUAAUACUGACUUGAACCCGCAAAUGUUGUCACUAUAUAUGGUGUGUUUACUGAAGGCUUAGUGA